UCCCUGUGCGCAUUUGCUUUAUUAUCACAAUUCAUGUGAAUAGGUCUUUAUAAAACUUCUAACCUUGUAUAUACAUUCAAUGUGCAGCAUGUUACAUUGUUUACCAAAGGAUUAUACAGUUAUGUGUUAAGAAUUUAAUUGAGUGGACGUGAGUGAUAUUUUGCUGGCGAUGCGAAUUUUCAGAAAUGGAUAAUGCCGAGAUAUUACAAUUGGAUAUAUGGAAAGGUGACUGGGGUCUCCCGUCAGUUGAUAUAGAUUGUUUGCAAGUUCUGGCAUAUGCUAAAUUCAGUGGAAUACCUUUAAAAGUAAAUUUAACAAGCAAUCCAUUUAAAACCCCAAAUGGUCGAUUACCAUUGCUUAGAGCUGGUCUAAAUACUUUGGAUACGGUUAAAGAUAUAUUGCCAUUUUUUAGAGCAAAACAUUAUAAUUCUGACUAUACGUUAACUGAUAAGCAAUGUGCAGAUGUCUUAGCGUAUGAUGCUCUACUUAAAGAAAAAUUAUAUCCAGCUUUGCAAUUUAUAUGGUGGAUAGACAAAAAGAAUCUAGAUGAAUUAAUUAGACCAUGGUAUUGCAAAGCACUGCCCUUUCCAUUUAAAUUCUAUUAUCCAGGAAAAUUCGAGCGGCAAGCACAGGCGUUGAUGCAAAGUUUAUAUUCCAUGGAAGAUAACAUUGAUGUUAUUGAAAAUGAGGUAUACUCGGAGGCACAAAAAUGUUUGACAUUAUUAUCUAUGAGACUUGGAGAUGGAGAUUUUUUUUUUGGACAACAACCUAGUACAAUAGAUGCCAUUGUGUAUUCGUAUUUAGCAUUGUUACUCAAGGCACCAUUACCAAAUCCAGUUUUACAAAAUCAUCUGAGAAAUUGCACAAAUCUAGUGAAGUAUGUAUCGCGUAUAUCACAAAGAUACUUUGAAUAUGAAUAUCAGACUUAUGAAAAGGAUAAAGCUGAAAAAAACGCUGAAAAAUUAGGGGAAGACGAGUGUGAAUUUCCAAAUAAGAGAAGGAAUCAAAUUUUUGCUGCAUUUGUUGCUGCAAUGGCAAUGGCAGGAUAUGCAUUAUCUACUGGUAUUGUAGAGCGUUGGGUUGCAUUAAUGUUUUACACAUAGCAAAAUGCAAUAAUAUUUAGUGAAACGUAUAUUUGAUAUAAGAAAUGAAAAGCUGCUUUAUAUUAGAAGAAAUUACAUUUACAUAGAUCAUUUUAAAGAUAAAAUAAAAAUUGCAAAUAUUGACAUUGAAGCUACAAGUAGCUUUA